AUGACGCGGAUUGAUGACGGCGUCGCCCUGACGGCGUUCGAUCGUCGCCGGGAAAGUGUCUCCGUCUUGUCCAAGGUCGUGUUUCUUUUCGUGCUCAUUUCCGGUUGUUUGUGCCGGAUUUCCGGUGCCGGCGAUUUUACCAAAGACGUCGAUCCGAGACUCAGUAUUGAGCAGCAGGACAUGGCACGAAUCCCGCAGGAGGUGGUUUUUUCGCCAAAGGAGAAACCAGUCGGUGCCAGCAGACGGUCAGUGCAGCAUCACGUCCUACAGCAAACCAUGGAGAAUGCGGAACCCCAAGACAGGUGCCCUCAACCAGCGUACCCCAUCAACAAGGCCACUUACUGUUCCGGGGAACUCAUCAGGUGCAACAGCGACGAGCAAUGCCCUGGGGACAAGAGUGUGUGUUGCUUCAAUGGCUGCAUAUUCACUUGCAUGUUGCCCAUGGAUCAGCCACCAACUUUUGAUUGGAAUGAGGAGACGGAGAUGAGAGGCGCCGGGUCGCCGCUGUCAGGCGGCACUGGGCCAGGCGCCCACUUCGAGAGCUUACCUGUGCGCUACGACGACCCAAACGUGAGGGUUGCCACUGGGGACGACUCCCUGGCAGACCAGUGCCAUUUGUCAGCCACUCAGUAUCAAACUCUGCAAGAUUUCCGCCAUCACGACGGCAUCAAAGAAUGGCAAGUGCCACGACACAAAAAUUAUAAUCAGAAAGUACCCAAAACGGUCAUCUCGCAUCUUCGGGCAGUUUUCUCGGACCCUGGGCUCGUUCCAUUUGCAAAGACUAGGGUAGACUUCUCGGAUAAGUGGGAUGCAGGUGGAGAAACGAUGAGGGAUGUGGACUGGACAAUGUGUUCCCGAUGCGAGUCAUAUCGUCCUCCGCGUGCCCAUCACUGUCGUAUUUGCAAGCGGUGUGUUCGGAAGAUGGACCACCAUUGUCCUUGGAUCAAUAAUUGUGUUGGCGAAUGGAACCGGAAAUAUUUCAUCCAAUUCCUUGUUUGGAUCGGAGUUUUGUCUGUUUACGCUGUGAUACUGGUUGGCGUGUCAUGGCUCGCGCCACCAUGUAUUACAUGCGAUCGCGAAGAAACAAUUGUGAUCAAGCAGAGCAGAGUGAUUCAUUCGGUUGCUUUGGUGUUGGAAGCAUUGCUGUUCGGUCUUUUUGUCGCCGCGAUCAUGUGCGAUCAGUUUUCGUCGAUUCUUUCCGAUGCGACAGCCGUAGAGCAAGUUAUCAGCAAGUCAGAGGGGAACGGGUUGAACACUUUCCGGAAACCAGCAAUGGCUCUUCUUGCCGAAGUUUUUGGUAGAGGUUCGGUAAUGAGAAACGAACCAGAAGUUGGAGAUGGUGUUGCCUUAGCACAGGCUUUGCUAAAGCAAGCUGUAGUUGGGCCUGGAAUCAACAAGACCUUCUUGGGAUACCUGAAAUAUUGUACAUUAUGCCGAGUGAUUUCGCUGACUUCUUUGCUAAGGCUUGUGAGUCUGGAACCGGUAUCUGAAACGGAUAAAGGGCCGCGGCAGAGAAGGCGAUUGGCUGCCUUGAUCGAGCUUUUAUCUGAUAUCGUAUCAUCGACGCCUAUCAUGACAAGCCCACAGCGAAAAGAUUGCUUGGAAGAGGCAAAAGCGUUGUUUUCUAUGGUCGACUGGGUCGUCCGUGUUUUAAUCGUUGCAUACACGCGUUUAGAAGAAGAACAGUCAUCGGAAUAUUCGCGAAUAGUUGAUCGGGGCGCUGGUCUUCUGCAUCUGGUUCUCAUGAAGGAUGAGCUUCGUGCGAACUUGAUUCGUGUGGCUGCCGCAGAUGAUAAGUUACUCACAACGUCUCUGCGAAAGCUCGCGUCGAAAAAGUUCAAGAUUCUCACUACUGGAGGAGUGAAAAGAGACGCAUCUGGAGGUGUGAAAUCGUCGACAGAUAUUCUGAAGGCUUGUGUUGCAAAACUGGAAGAUCUGGAUUCCGAGAAUGCAGAUGCAGAAAGGUUGCUUCCAAAACUUGAUCCUGGACCUGCGCCGUGUGCUUUGGUCUCUCUCACGGCUGUGCUGAUCCAAGCUCAUUUGUAUACAGAUGCCGCUCAUUGUGGACUUUGGCUUGGAAAUGUUUGUACAUUAAAGGGGUUGAACGGAACCGACGCUUUACGAUCCAUUAUUUGUGCAGCUCUCCUGCAAUUGCAACAUUCGGACUCAUCACCGGUUUCGAGGAAGCUAGUAUAUUUCCAGUACAAAUUACCUAUGAUUUUUGAGUCCAUGCAUAAUGCAGGCUUCUGUGAAAGAUCUUCGGAAAGAUGCGAAGAAUUGGAGGCCGCCGUGAUGGAAGUUUCGAAUCUCAAUGCUCUGCUUUUUCGUGCUCAAGAAAAUUGCGGAUCUGAACCUCUCGAUGGGUUCUUGAAGGAGUGCGUAAAGAAGCGAUUGAUCGGAUCCGAUACACAGAGGAAGGCGAUGGAAAUCCGACUCAAGAAUGUUGAUUCAAUAAACGUGCGACUGAGUCCACCGACCAAAGAAGAUCUCGCUGCACAUUUGCAUACGUUGGAUGCGAAGCUGCAAAGCAUAGUGGCGUAUUUGUCCAGCAAUGAAUCUGUAUCGAGAGAAACUGUAUUGGGUUCGAUGGCUACGCUGAAGUCAAAUUCCGGCGAACUCUCACCAUUUGUGAUAGUAGCUGCUGUGACGGGGAGACUAGAACCGAUUGUUGAUUUCUGCGUUUCCUCGUGCGAAGUCAACGAGAAUUCGGGUUGCGUGAACCCGUUGUUCGAGACCGGGUUUCUAUUCCUGACGCUCUUUUCUUACGUCGCCGAAGAACAGGUUGUUGGAGCUUUGGCAAGUUAUCCAGCGCGACGAUUGACGGAUCCUAGUAGUCCGAGGAAAUUCUAUGACUUCUUCGUGACAUGGAUGGAAACGCGGGUUCAAGCAAUUCGUUCUUUUCGAGAUUACGUUGACAUGGAUUCCCUUGAUGCUUUCAUUGGUGAACUUUCCAGCUUGAGUGACUUGAAACCUACUAUGUCCUCCACGAAGCUUUGUUGGGCUGCGAUGGCGGCAGUUAAAGAAAUCCUUGCUGCCUGGGAAUCUGGUGCCUUGUUGGAAAGCGAUGCCGGGAGAUUGAUCGCUAAACUAAGCGAAAAAUCAGCCGUAUCAAGUGCAUGCAUUUAUUCUUGGCUGGUAGCCAAAGUCAAGAAUUCCGACGAUGGCAAUAAUAAAGAGAAAGCGAUUGCUGCUCUGAAAAUCGUCUCCAGCGGCGUAAAUGCAAAAAACGACGUUUUCGGUGACAAAAUGGAUCUUUUUGAGAAGGUUACUUCAGAAAUGCGGCUUUAUCCUGACGAAGUGGAUGCACUGAAGAAUCAGCGUCCAUGUAACAAAAUAAAGGUGUCGUUGCUCCGAGAAACCGAAGAUCUUGGGCCUCUGGAAAGUGCGUUUCACGAUGCUUGUUGUGGUGGGAACUUGGUUGAAUUGUGGCGGUCCAUGAUGGCAGGCAAAUCGAACGUGAAAAUGAAUCCAAGUGCUGUUGAGCAUUUUCUGAAGCUAUGGCGUUCUGGAGGUGCUGAAUGGUUCAUAAGGACUUUGGUGGAUGAAACUUUCAAAGAUCCUUUUUCGGAAGAAUUGGACACACUGGUGGAUAUGAUGGUAGGCCUUUUUCAUAUCGACAUCGGUAGCGCUUUUACAAGUUUCGUGGACGUUCUGAUGCCUCUGCUCAUCACUUCCACUGAACGGAUCUCUUACUUGAGUGCACCGUUCGUAAAUCGGCUAGCUGCGUUGUUCGUUGCUGUAACUCACUGUCGACUUGCAUCGCAACCGCAAGGGUUUUCUCAAAUGAAGAUUAAAAGGAGUGCCAGCAGUGAGGACGUCACGGAGGAUACCAAAGAAGAGAAACCCGUGGUUUCCGAAAUCGGUUCUAAUUUGGAGGAACUCUUCCAGCUUUUGAAACGGAUUACCGUGGGUUCUCGCGAUCCGCACUUCGACCCGAGAAUGCGCUUUGCACUCGGGGUGCUAAAAGCCGCUGUUGAGAUUGGGUCGAAUGCAAGGAGACGUUCUUUGAUCGUGCCCCACGUGCCUCGGGACCUCGUCGAGUGGUUCGUGGAGACAAUGGGCGAGGAGGUCACCUACGACUUGCUCAUGAAACUGGUUGACCUGAGCUCGAAGCAAGGCCGCGUCGACGCAGCGUUUUUGCUAAUGCUAAAACAGCGAGUUGCGAGUUACGGAAAUCCCUGGAUGUCUACCAAAAAGGUGGACUUGUGAAAGUGUGUGUUUUUCUUUGUCAGCUCGGGAAUUGAUUUCGCUAUUGUGAAGCCAAGUUUGUUUUGCGGAAUUGUGAAAAAGUGCCGCUGAGUUUAUUACAAAGUCGUUUGAGUAUUA